CUCCCUCCACCCCCGCAGUCAGAGGGGGGCCAGCGCUGGCCCGAGGACCAAGUUGCUGAACAGUUGCUCGCUCACUUUCAAGGUCAGCGUUGAGUGAGGUGUCAGGGUAGCUCUGCUUUUCAAUCCCUUCAUCGUUCGCCAGAUUCUUAGGACCAACACCCAAGGGCACGCUAUGCUUGCUGACGCGUUGCGCUACCACGUGGGCCCGCCAUUGAUGGUGGUGGGGGUCACGGCGGGGGUGCAGGUUCUGGCCGUCGCGGGAGGCAAGAACACCACACGAGGCUGGAGUUUGCUAGGAUCCCUGGAGGCCUGGUGCUACGUUGCGGCGCUGGCGCUCUGGGGGCUGCUUUCUCUCUGGGUACCCAGCAGGGAGUUCAGAGGCCCCAUGCCUCAACACGGGCCUGCGCCUCGCUACAGAGCAAACGGCGUCCAGUUUUACUGCGUCUCGGUCAUUUUGGCCAUUGUUGGACUUAUCUACAAUCAAGAAUUCGCUAGUAGAACUUUCUACAUAUUCCCAGAGAUUUUGGCAGCGUGCAACGUGACAGCGUUAGUGUUCUGCGUGUACCUCCUGAUACGAGGCAAGAAGUGGCCACAGACGACGGAGAAGCUGCCGCCUCGCCCCAUUGUGUACGAAUUCUACCGCGGCAUGGAAAUACAUCCUCGAUUUCUGGGCGUCGAUGUGAAGCAGUUUACCGUUUGCCGAUUUGGGAUGAUAGCAUGGCAGGUCUUGGUCAUUAUAUUUUUUGUGGCUCAAAACAGGCUGCAUGGAUUCGAUUUUGCCUGCUUUGUUUGUGCCUUUCUGCAAUCUGUGUACAUAGCAAAAUUCUUCUAUUGGGAGACCGGAUAUUUCGACACACUCGAUAUCAUCUACGACCGAGCAGGUUACUACAUCUGCUGGGGCUGUCUGGUCUUCGUGCCGGGAUUUUACACAUUCACGUCAUUUUUCUUAGUAGCCCAUAAACCGACGGUAUCAGUAUCCGGAGCAUUCGUGUGCUUGAUGAUGGGGCUGAUAUCGAUAGCUCUUAACUACCGCGUUGACUGGGAAAAGCAGUACUUCAGGCAGAACAAAGGGAAGUGUUUCUUAUGGGGUCGUCAAGCCAAGUUCAUUAAAGCCACUUACGUGACUCCUGCAAACGAAAAGAGAACCUCCCUGCUUCUGACGUCGGGUUGUUGGGGCCUCGCACGACACCUGAACUACGUCUUCGAGUUACUCCUGACGCUGAGUUGGAGUCUUGUAGGAAUCGGCAGAGGUUUAGGCCCAUUCCUUUACUUCUUCUUCCUCACCAUCUUGCUCGUACAUAGGAUCUUCAGAGAUGAGGAGAAAUGCAAGGCCAAGUAUGGUCGGUACUGGGAUCAAUACUGUGAAGCGGUGCCAUACAGACUGAUACCAUUCAUUUUUUGAUCUAGUCAUCAACUAUUAGCGCUUGAUUACACCUCGAAUAAAAUACUUGGUUAUG